UCCAUCUCCCUGCCGGCCUCGGGGCCCGAUGCCCCGCCACCGGGGCAGGCCGGGCCCCGGCCUGGGUCCCUAGGCCCCAUGGUCCUCAGCCUGCUCUUGUCCGCCUACGGACUCUGUCGUUUCUUUGGCAUGGCGGGCCCCGACAAGCCGUCCGUCCCCGGGGCCGGGCCCGCGGACACCUGGUGGGCCGGAGGCGGUGGCGGAGGUGUGCGGGAGGUGUCCCCCGGUGGCGGCGGGGAGGCGCAGGGGGCCCUGGAGCGGGUCCUGCCCGAGCUGCAGCUGGCACUGUCGGGCCUGAAGCGGGCGGGCGGGCCCGAGGCGGUGGGCGCCGGCCUGGCCGAGGUCUUCCAGCUGGUGGAGGACGCCUGGGUGCUGCCCACCGUGGGGCGGGAGGUGGCCAAGGGGCUGUGCGAUGCCAUCCGCCUGGACGGCGGGCUGGACCUGCUGCUGGACCUGCUGCGGGCCCCGAGGCUGGCUACGCGGGCACAGGCCGCCCGCCUGUUGGAGCAGAUCCUGGUGGCGGAGAACAGGGACCGGGUGGCCCGGAUAGGGCUGGGGGUGAUCCUGAACCUGGCCAAAGAGCGGGAGCCGGUGGAGCUGGCCCGCAGCGUGGCGGGCAUCCUGGAGCACAUGUUCAAACACACGGAGGAGACCUGUCACCAGCUGAUCACGGCCGGCGGGCUGGACGCCAUCCUCUACUGGUGCCGCUGGACCGACCUCGUGGUGCUGCGCCACUGCGCCCUGGCGCUGGCCAACUGCGCCAUGCACGGCGGGCAGGCCAACCAGCGGCUCAUGGUGGAGAAGCGGGCGGCCGAGUGGCUGUUCCCCCUGGCCUUCUCCAAGGACGACGAGCUGCUCCGGCUCCACGCCUGCCUGGCCGUGGCCGUGCUGGCCACCAACAAAGAGGUGGAGAGGGAGGUGGAGCGGUCGGGCACCCUGGCGCUGGUCGAGCCCCUGGUGGCCUCGCUGGACCCCGGGCACUUCGCCCGACGCCUGGUGGACGCCAGCGACACGCGCCAGGGCCGGGCGGCCGACGACCUGCAGCGCCUGGUGCCCCUGCUGGAGUCCUCGCGGCUCGAGGCCCAGUGCAUCGCCGCCUUCUACCUGUGCGCCGAGGCCGCCAUCAAGAACCUGCAGGGGAAGAGCAAGGUGUUCAGUGAGAUUGGGGCCACCCAGAGCCUGAAGCGGCUGGUUUGCUACUCGUCCAACGGCACCACCUCCGCGCUGGCCAAGCGGGCGCUGCGCCUGGUGGGCGAGGAGGUGCCCCGCCGCAUCCUGCCCUGUGUGGCCAGCUGGAAGGAGGCCGAGGUGCGCACCUGGCUGCAGCAGAUCGGCUUCUCCCAGUUCUGCGAGAGCUUCCGGGAUCAGCAGGUGGACGGGGACUUGCUGCUGCGGCUCACGGAGGAGGAGCUGCGGGAUGACUUGGGCGUGACGUCGGGCAUCACCCGCAAGAGGUUCUUCAGAGAGCUGACGGAGCUGAAGACCUUCGCCAACUACGCCACCUGCGACCGCAGCAACCUGGCGGACUGGCUGGGGGCGGUGGACCCGCGGUUCCGGCAGUACACGUACGGGCUGGUGGCCUGCGGCAUCGACCGGACCCUGCUGCACCGCGUCUCCGAGCAGCAGCUGCAGGACGACUGCGGCAUCCGGCUGGGCUUCCAUCGCGUGCGCAUCCUCGCCGCGGCCCGAGAGACGCUGCACUCGCCCUUGCCCUGCAGCGGCUGCAAGUCUAACUCCGACAGCCCCGACGUCUUCAUCAGCUACCGCCGCAGCUCGGGCUCCCAGCUGGCCAGUCUCCUCAAGGUGCACCUGCAGCUGCACGGCUUCAGCGUGUUCAUCGACGUGGAGAAGCUGGAGGCCGGCAAGUUCGAGGACAAGCUGAUCCAGAGCGUCACGGGUGCCCGCAACUUCAUGCUGGUGCUGUCGGCCGGGGCGCUGGACAAGUGCAUGCGGGACACCGACUGCAAGGACUGGGUGCACAAGGAGAUCGUGACCGCACUGAGCUGUGGCAAGAACAUCGUGCCCGUCAUCGAUGGCUUCGAGUGGCCGGAGCCCCAGGCCCUGCCCGAGGACAUGCAGGCCGUUCUCAAGUUCAAUGGCAUCAAGUGGUCCCACGAGUACCAGGAAGCCACCGUCGAGAAGAUCAUCCGCUUCCUGCAGGGCCGCUCCUCCCGCGACUCCUCGGCCGGCUCCGACAACGGUCUGGAGUGUUCGAUCCCCCUGGGCCAGACCUAGCCCCCGGCCCGGCCCCGCUGCCGGCGUCGGGCCCCCACGGUGCGGGAUGGCGCGGGACGGCGGGACCCGGCCCCACGCCCCUCGAGCGGACGCCGAGGCAUCGCCUGCACCCGGGAACCUCCGGGGCGGCCCCUUGCCCUUGGCCGGGCUCGGAGGGAACGGCGCUCCCGCCUCCGCUCUCCCCAGUCCCCGACCCUCCCUCUGCCGCUGCCCCGGCGGUGAGCGACGACCCGACCGUCCGGCUCUCCGGUCGGCAGGGAGAAGAACGGAAGGGGAGAGAGAGGGGGGGGAGCAGGACGAGAAAGAGGAGCAGCGGCAGCCGGGGGGAGAGGGGAGCCG